AUGCCGAUUUCUUAUCAUUUUGAUCAUUUGCCAUCGAAUGUGUUGUCAUUGCCUGGUUACGACUUUUUUCAAUUUAUUCGAACUAUUCUCGGUGAACCAGAAGCGAAAUUAUUGAAUAAAAUUUCAGUGAAAAUAACAUCAUCAUUAUUACUUAUUGAAGAUCCAUUAUAUAUUUUUAAUCAAGAUAUUGAUGAUGAAGAAUUAGAUACAUUAAAAGAACAACUAGGCUUUAAAAUGAAAAAUGAUACAUUUUUAAUUAAACCUGGUGUUAGCUCUGGAUUUGUUUCACUGGAGCAAGCGUUAAAAGAAAAAUUAAAUCAACAACUCAAACAUCCAACAAAAAGAAAACAACAACAGAAUAUCAAUACAUCAUUAAUCUCUUCUUUGACAACGCCAAUACAGGAAGCAAGAACUUCUUCAUUAUCUUUAUCAGAACAUAAAUCACAUGCUCUUAAUUUAAUAAAAAAGUGGUGUAAUGAAAACAGAGAAAAUUUAAAUUUAGAAAAUUUUCAUUUAGAAGAAGGUAUUGACUUUAUGUUAAAUAUUGAUUUUGAUCGAAAUUCUGUUGUACAAGCCACGAUCAAAUGCAAAUGUGGCAAAGUUAUUUCAUUAUGUAAAAAUGACCAAGAAAUACAAGUAUCGAAUUUUUAUAAACAUUUGUAA